CUGUUUUUGCCUUUCCUUAAAGGAACCUUUGCUGAGGUCCCUCAUGAGCUGCUUUUCCAGACAGAAUUGAGGCUGAAUGGCCAACGUAAUGCUAAAGAAGUAAAGCCUGUCCUGCUGACGUGCUGUGGAAAGGUGCUUAAAUAUAUCAGAGGAAUGUCUGCACCAGAAGAAGAAGGUGAAAGAACAUGGCAUGGGCCAAAACACCUACAUCAACUUAAUCUUGCCACUGUGGAGCUCUACAGCAGGAAACACAAAGAGGCAUCUCCAGCAGCCAUACAGAGUGGCUUCUGCUCUGCAGAACAUACAUCUGGUGGGGAGCAAAUCCAUUUAACCUUUCACCACGCAGACCUUAAGUCAGCGGGGAAGAGAGCUGACAGGCACCUUUGCAGCUGAUUCAAAUCCAAGACAAGAGCUGAGCCAGCCAGCAAAGUCGUACUGACCUUCUGCCAGCGCUACUGCAGCCCCCCAAGUAUGACUUUGGGCACCGCAUCCUUGGGAAAGACGGCACUGGGGAAUGCUGGCAGGCCCUUCCCAACAGCUGCCUCUGCUCCGUUGCAGCCCGAUUGAGUGUUAUCACUAUGACAACCUACAGUUUCUAGAGCCCUUCUUGGGAAAUCACCAGAUUUAUGAGAAUAUAAAGCUGCCCUUCAAACUCUGCCUUCUUCAGCGUGAUUAAAAGGCUUCACACAGAGGAGAGGAGGAUCGGGGAAAGGAGAGAAGCAGGCACACAUGUGCCCUAUGGAGCCAUCGAUAACUUACUCCCCUCGCUAGCAGAAUUGCAUAGAGGAGGGGAGGGAGGGGGAGGAGGAUAAGGGAAAAAAGAAAAUCCAGAGAAUUCUGCUCUUGUAAAUGUAGUGAAACUGAGUGGUUGGAGUUCAUUUGCUCGAGAAGAGCAGAGAAGAAAGAGGACAUUAAAUGAAAAAAGCAAGAAAGGUCUGUAGCCCUUUUUCCCGAUAGUCGCGGUGUUUUAGAGGCAAAAUGAUUCCUCCGAGCAGCAUGACUGAAGUCAGCGUGGAUAGUGUGGAGAAAGAGAAUGAAGUGGAGAGCACAGAGCAGCCCCCCUCUCCAGCAUCAACCACCAGCCAGGAAUCAAAGCUGCAGAAGCUGAAACGGUCACUCUCCUUCAAGACCAAAAGCUUGCGGAGUAAAAGUGCAGACAAUUUCUUCCAGAGGACUAACAGUGACGUGAAACUGCAAGUGGACUUGAUGCCUGAGGUGAGCACGAGCACAGGGCAGCUCCCCAGCUCAGAGAGCCAGGCAUCUUCCCCCACCAGAGCCCAGCAGCUGCCAGAAAACAAGGCUCACAUCUUCCAGGAGCACAUCUUCAAAAAACCCACCUUCUGUGAUGUCUGCAACCACAUGAUUGUUGGGACAAACACUAAACAUGGACUGCGCUGUAAAGCUUGUAAGAUGAGCAUCCACCACAAGUGUGCAGACAGUAUUGGACAACAGCGUUGUAUGGGCAAGCUGCCAAAGGGAUUUCGACGGUACUACAGCUCACCACUACUCAUUCAUGAACAGUUUGGCUGCAUCAAAGAAGUGAUGCCUAUUGCCUGUGGCAAUAAAGUUGAUCCUGUGUACGAAACUCUCCGCUUUGGGACUUCCUUAGCUCAGAAAACUAAGAAGGGCAGUUCUGGCAGUGGGUCUGACUCUCCCAAUAGGAAUUCUACAGCUGACCUGGCAGAAGUUCCUGAGGAAGCUGACAGCAGCCUUGACAUAACCAGGAAACGCAGCAACAGUGUGUUUACAUAUUCUGAAAAUGGCACAGAACACUUUGGAGAAGAACCAAAAAAUAUACAUUCCCUGGGACCAUUUUAUAAAAGCACGCUACAAAUGAACACUUAUGUUGCCUUGUACAAAUUUGUACCACAAGAAAAUGAAGACUUAGAGAUCAGGCCAGGGGAUAUGAUCACUCUUCUGGAAGACUCCAAUGAAGACUGGUGGAAGGGCAAAAUUGAUGACAGAACUGGAUUUUUUCCUGCUAACUUUGUUCAGAGAGUGCAACACGAUGAGAAGAUUUACAGGUGUAUCAGGACAUUCAUUGGCUGCAAGGAGCAGGGACAGAUAACUCUGAAAGAGAACCAGAUUUGCGUGACUUCAGAAAAGGAACGCGACGGCUUUAUCAAAGUAUACAGUGGGAAGAAGAAAGGUUUUGUCCCCAUAGACAUCUUAGAAAACAUCUGAUUUCAGCACCCCACUUUGCCCUUUGUUGGCAAUGCCUGUCUGCCUCAUCUCACACUGUGUCAACCCAGAUGGGCUAUCUUGCAGAUGUUCAGGGAAACUGUGAGAAAACUGCAACUACAAGAAGAAAAAGAUUGCCACAAGAAGAAAAAGACUGCCACAGCAACACUAAGAAAUAAGAAAAGUGAAAUGAUCAGAAGAAAAUAUAGUCAGAAAACAGCAGGAAAAUUAGAGGUCCUUGGAAACUAACAGAAAUAAGGUACGAAAAAGAAGUCUGGGCUGAUUUCUAGUGCAAGAUGGCUAUUACGACCCUGAUGGAGAAAGACAGCUGUUCUGAACAACUAAACUCACGUCCUGUUCUUGUGUCAUAGGUAACUGUUGGGCAGCUUUCCUUUUUGAGGUGUGUAUUUGGGGGGAGGGGAGAAAAUACCAUUCAAACUGUCCUCAUACUUCAGUCCAAUGCUUGUAGUAAAGUGUGGCUGUGGUUCUACAGUUCUGUCUCCAGCAUCAACCGAUCAGUUUAAGCAUUUAAUCCUGAUUUUUAGUCUCAUAACAAAGCAGUUUGGAGUCACCAUGUGAACGUCAGUCCAAGAAAUGCACUGUGCCCUGGAGGUCGUCAGCUUUCUCUUUCUGUGCCAUCUUACCACACGAAACAGUAGCGACCCUUGUGUGUCCUUUGUUUUCUCUGUAUACAAACAAAAUCUCUCAGCCUGCAUCAGGUGUGAUGGCUGCUCUCAUAGCUCACAACAAUAGCUGGUCCUCCAAUUCAGAAGCCUGCUUGGAAGCAUCUCUCUGUGUUUCCUGAACCUUUAUCUGGUGAGGCAGAAAAUGGGAAAAAAUGCUGGGAGAGAGACACAGACUUGAAAUGAAUAUUUUUCUGUGUUUAUUGCACUUAAAAGAUUUUAUAUAUUAAUCCUAUUUGUAAAAAAUCAGGCAGCUAACUAACCCUGGAAGACUGAAAAUGGUAGGAAAGGACAGACUGCACAUAGAAGUGAAGUCUGUAAUUACCAAAAUCCAGAACUUGUGACAGAAAGGCACAAAGUGUCUUAGCAUUUUGUUCACCCACCAAAGCCAUCUUUUUCAUUUGCUAAAACAGAAGUUUUGCAGAUUCAGCAGUAAAUACACUAACAUAAAUUCCACCUUGGCAUAAACCACCAGGAGCCUCCCAUAAAUCCUUUCAAUCCCAGUGAGACAGUGCAGCCAGGUCUGGUCUGCUGCGUAAGCCUCCACCUUCAAAUAUGUUUUGGGCAUAUGAACAUUUUGGUACCCAGAGGGCAGCCCAUGGGACCCAUGGAUCUUGACCAAAUUACACAGGUCAGCCGGUGCCAAUCCUGUUGUAGAUCAGGGGCCUUAUGAUCUUUCAAGACAGGGAACCUAAUUUCCAAGUAUUUGAUUGGAUGUAAUUGCACCAAAUACAUUUAAACUACCUAGCAUGUAUUAUGACAUUGAGAUUAAAUCCUAUCCCAAAGCUCUCUGCUGAAUUCAUGCCUUAUUUGACCAGUUUGAGAUUGAAUGCCAGUCUUUAACACCACUGUAAUUGGCCCCUAAUGGAUGCCCUAAAUGCCAAUACUGCAGAAAGAAAUCCAGAUGCUGCUAGGUUUGUAAAAGCCUUUUUGCAAAGUUGACACAAUUUCUAAAAAGAUGCUGUCAGUCUGCUUCCAGUUUGAAUCUGUGUUGCACAGCCCAAGUGUCAUAGUGUGGUUGCCCUAGUUGAACAGCUGAUCUUACGCAAAGCCUUAAGAAAUCCAGCGCAAUGCUACACAUGACCAGAAGCUCACAUGGUAGAUCAAGCUGCCCACUCAGAGACACGUUUUGCAGCUCUUACGUAUUACUUAAUUGCAGAGGAAGGAGUUGCAGGGCUGUUGACUGCUGAAACUUCGUCCUUUGUAGUGCAAAUGGUCUACACCGAUAAUUCAUGUCCUUCUGGCUGAUCAAAAGUAUCUGAUUUCAUAUCAUCCUCUAUGAGAAUAUCAGCAAUUUAUAAAUGGCUUUUCUUCAGUGCAAACAAUGAAUGUUUGCUCAGCUCAUUUUCCGAAGUAACAGUAAACUCAAUGGGAGGACAGAGGAUUCUGAUAAGCCUUAAAGAUCAAGAGGAAAGCAGUAGAGACGUUAAUCCACUCUGCUUUAUAAGAUUUUAUAUAUAUAUAUAUAUAUAUAUA